AUGGAUCUCCCGGAGGACACCCACCUGAUGCAUCACGAGAACCCCGAGGAGAUUCCCCGGCUCCAAGACGUACUUCGUGACUUCGCCGACUCCGACAACAUGGUAUCAGAAAGCUCUCUUCGAGACGUUGCUGGCUUCACGGAUGAGGUCGCGGACACCCUGGCAGCGCAGCUGGGGCCCGGCCCGUGGCAUGUCGAGAAGCUUGAGCAGCUUUUCUCCGGUGCCACUAACGAAGACCAGGAGGAGGAGCCCGCCAGCCGUUCAUCCUCGCCUGCGAAGGGAUGGCGGUCAGACUCGCCGCGGCAGUGGAGCUCGGCUUCUCCACUCCGCAGGAGACACACCGUGGGCUUCGCUUCCGAGGCACCGAGCUACGAUGCGGAUGACCUGGAAGAUGAUGGGCUCUGCCAGCUUUCAGCGCUAGUGCAGGCAGCCCUGCGCGGAGACGAAGAGGCCGCGAAGCUGCAGCACCUUUUGCGCAGGACGUGGCACGUUGCACAGGGCCUGGAGCAGCAGAGGCAUCGGCUCCAGGACGAGGCAGCUGAAGCCCACAAGCAGGCGAAGCUGCAGAGUGAGCGCGUCACAAGCGCCGAAAACGCUCGAGUCUCUGCGGAGGCCGCUGAGGCGGCAGCUCUCAGCGCCCUGCAGGUGGCCGGCCAGCGCCAGGUGGCAAGUCGGGAGUUGAUCAGGCGACGUGAGGAAGAGCUCGAGGAGGCUCGGCUGAGGUCCGAAGGCCUGGAGGCCGAAAUGGCCCGGCAGGCGGCGCGCCUUCGGGGCCUCGAGGAGCGCCUGCGUCGUGCCGAGGAGGAUCGCGAUCGCAAAGUCACACCAAGAGCUUCAAAUGAUGCCGCCCAGUCAGAGCUCCUGCGGCAGAUCGCUUCCGCCAAUGCGACUGCAGAGGCCCUGCGACAUGAGGUCGUUGCUUGCGAGGAGGCUGCGGCCAUAGAGCGCCAACGCUCAUUCCGUUUGGAGACCGAGCUCAAAGAGAGUCGGGACGAGCUCACCGACCAGAGGGCUCGAGUACAGGCGUUGGAGAGCUUGGUUUCCCAAGGCAGCUCUGGCCCCAACCGAACCAAGCAAAGGCGCUCGCAGAAGAGUGCAGAGACGCCUGCCUUGAGCGAGGAGCUCUUGGCAGAUGCACCGGAUGCUGCAGCUGGGCCGAAGGCGGUGCCACCUGCCGCAUGCGAUCGGAAGGCCAGACUCCAAGCGCAGCUACAAGCACAACGAGGCUAUCAAGCAAAGCUCUCAGAGUCGCCGAACAAGCAAGCAGACUGCAAAGUGCCGAAGAGCCCGGAGGGCUUGUCCCGCGCCGGUAUCGGAGGCCGGAAUCCGUCGGCAGCGAGGCAGACGGGCAUGCCGGCAGACAUGCGCUCGCUGAGCAGGCUCCUCUCUGGCAGCGGAUGGUUGAGCAGCCCAGCGGCCCAUGCAAGAUGA